CUAUGACAUGGCAAUUGGACGGACAUAGACUGCAAACGGAGGAACGCAUAAGAUCGCAGCGGCUAUAAAGUGCGCAAAAUGAAAUUACCAUCAGCUAACUAUAACUGAACUAAAGCCCGAGCCCAGAUGCUGCUUCUGCUCUUCAUUUCUCUCUCUCUCCUACUCCUCGUUCCUCUGCUCUUCUUCUUCUGCUUCUUCCUCACUGCUGAUGGGGACUUCACGUUGAUGUCCAAGAGGCAUGUAAAGCGGGAAGAAAUCGAGGAUAAGGUCGUUUGGAUUACUGGAGCUAGUCGUGGAAUUGGUGAGGUUCUUGCUAAACAAUUGGCAAGUUUAGGUGCCAAGCUCAUUCUUUCUGCUCGGAAUGAAGCUGAAUUGGAGCGAGUUAAGAAGCAACUUACAGGCAAGCAUGCACCUGAUGAAGUGAAGAUUUUACCUUUGGAUUUGGCCUCUGGUGAAGAUUCUCUUAGGGAGGCAGUGGAGAAAGCAGAGUCCUUUUUCUUUGGAGCUGGUGUUGACUAUAUGAUCCACAAUGCAGCCUAUGAGCGCCCUAAAACUACAGCUCUGGAUGUAACUGAGGAAAGUCUCAAGGUUACAUUCAACAUUAAUGUUCUGGGGACAAUAUCUCUUACACGACUACUGGCAACUUUAAUGCUAAAGCGAGGAAGAGGCCAUUUUGUUGUGAUGAGUAGUGCUGCAGGCAAGGUACCUACUCCAGGACAGGCUGUAUACUCUGCUUCUAAGUUUGCUCUAAAUGGGUAUUUUCAGUCCUUGCGUUCUGAGCUUUGUAAAAAAGGGAUCAAAAUAACCAUUGUUUGUCCCGGGCCAAUAGAAACAAAAGGUUAUGGAGUGACAACCUCAGCAAGGAAGGGUUCUGAGGUGAAACUUAAACAUGUGUCAUCAGAAAGGUGUGCAGAAUUGACAAUUAUUGCAGCCACCCAUGGUUUAAAGGAGGCUUGGAUAUCAGACCAGCCUGUACUAGCUGUUAUGUAUGUAGUGCAAUACAUGCCAACGAUUGGCUACUGGCUCAUGGACAAGAUUGGGGGAAGGCGAGUUGAAGUGGCUGCACAGAAAGGCAACACGUAUUCAUGGAGCUUAUUGUUUGGAAAGAAAAAGCCUUGAAUUUCUUCUGGUAGAAUUUGGAUUCAUACGGUGGUUGUCAAUUAUUGCUGGCUCCUCCAUACUCUUUUUUUUUUGGUAAAUUUCUAUUAGACUAGUUAUAGUACGCCGGACGGAUGAUAUAUUGCGGAUUUUGAGUUUGACACGGAUAGUUUUAUCAAAAUAUAAUGGAAGUUUUAUAAUAAAAUUGAAAAAAAAAAGUUUGAUUCUA